AUGGCCUUCGACCUGCAGGCGCUCCAUGGCUACGACCGGCCGAUGCUCAAGGCCGAGUUCCCGUCGGCGACGCACUUCAAGUACUUUGUGCAGGACUACUGCUUCAACAGCGACACGUCGUGCAAGAUGGGUUUUCGAUCUGGCAGCAAGAGCCAAUACAUCUGCACGAGCACGCCCUGCGAGUGGCAUGUGACGGCGACGCGCAUCCGCCGCAAGGGCUCCACGGGCAAGUCCUUCGAGAUUGCCAGCAUGAACCUCGUGCAUUGCGACUCGUGCACAUCAACGUCCAAGGCCACGGAGCGCCAGGCUGCCAUGUUGCCUGCCGUCAAGGCGCUCGUUCUCGCGCAGCAUGACUCCUCGAAGGAGUCGCUCGUCAACGGCAUGCAGGACAAGGUCCUCGAGCAGUAUACGUCGCAGCUCGAGAACAGCUACAACUACAUUCCGUGGCUCCUCACCGAGUUUGGCCGCGCCAACCCAACUUGCCGCGUGUCGCUCGAGGCAGACACCAAGUCGCGCUUCUACCGCGCGUUCGUGUCCUUUGGCGUCUUUGUCGCCGCGGGCCCCCGCAGCAUGCCAGUGAUGGGUCUCGAGGCUGCGCACUUCAAGACAAAGCACUACAAGGGCUCGUCCCUCACGCUCGUGCAGAAAGACGGCAACGGCCAGAACGUCGUUGUGGCGUUUGCGAUUUUGCCCAAGGAGAGCGUCGACAACUACUUUUGGUUCUUCGCCAACUGCACGACGGCCGGCAUCACGGUCAACCCGCUCUUUGUGGACCAGAAGAAGGCGGUCGUCGCCGGCCGCGCGCUCUCGGCGACCAACAUUCCCGUCGUCCUCAAGUUUUGCUGCCUCCACAUCAUUCAGUCUGUGAAAGCGCACUUUGACUUUUCGGGCCCUAGCUUUGAAGAGCAAAUUUGGAACCUCCAGGCGUCGACGUCGCGCACCAUGUACAUGCACAAGCUCGACAUGCUCACCGCCAAGUAUGGCUACCCGCUGCGGCGGUACCUCGAAGACAUCCCGCCCGUCAAGUGGGUCGUCUUUGCUAACAUGGCUAACUUCGCCGACAUGGAAGGGCGUCGGCUCUACAAGAGCGCGACGACGACCUUUACCGAGCACCUCACCGACGACAACGGUGCCAUGCGCCACAAGGUUCAGCGCUCGCUGCCGUUCGGUGCGCUUUUCAAGAGCAUGGAGCGCGCGGCGAAGGCCGUCGCUGAGCGCGACGCCAAGGCACGCCAAUGGCUCCAAGAAAAACGCGUUCUGACGCCGUUUGCCAAAGACUUUUACCUGACGCAAAAGUCCAUGGCCAAUAUGUACUUGACCAAGCCGACAACGGAUGGCGUGUACUGCGUGUACCGGAGCACGGCGCCCAUGCACGACCAAGAGAUGGUGAACCUCAACGACCUCACGUGCACGUGCGUCGAUCGCGACCAGAUGGAGCUGCCGUGCCGCCACCUCAUCGCGGGCCUCAAGGCUGUCAACAAGAUGGAGCGCAUCCUCCAGGCGUACGGCUACUGCUACACGAUGGAGGCGUACGCCCAGGCGUACAAGGACAAGCGCAUCGACGUGCCGCGCGUCGAGGCCAAGGUCGCAGACCCGAACCUGAAGAGCCCGCCUCUCGUGCGCGCGCCCAAGCGCAAGCGCAAGCGCGAUCCGCCGCGUAACCGGCGCAACCCGAGUAGCAAGACGUACAAGUGCCGCAAGUGCCACGGCGAGGGCCACAACAUCUCGACGUGCCCGCUCGUCGAGGAGACAGAGGUGGACGUCGGCCACAUCAUGCCCAGCGGCGAGGCCUACGCGGGCUUUACGGCGCCGCCUGGCUACUCGAUUGCGAUGUUUAUGGACUCGGUCCUCGACACGAACGACGCGAGCGACUGUGACUCGUGCAAGUCGGACGACAUGGAAGACACGGACGAGCUCGGUUUUUGCCUCGACGACCUACUCAACAGCAGCAGCAACAACAACAACAGUGCGUCCAUGAACAUGCCCGCGGCGACAGGUAUCAUGCCGGGCGCCAUGGCCUUUCGCGCGAUCUAA